CCAGCAGCGUUAUUGUGCCAGCGGAGCCACCAUGAAGCCCUUAGUGAUCACGCUCCUGCUGGUGACGCUGGCGGCGGCUCUUGUUGCAGGAGCGCCUUAUCCAAAACCAGACCUGUUUUUAUUAUCCCACGAAUAUGACGACGACGUUACCUCAGAAGACUCUCAGGAAGAUUACGUCCGCAAGAAGAGGCAACUCAGUGGCGGCUUCAAUGUUAAUGACACGCCUUUCGGAAAGAACUACGCUGCAAAUUUGGGAUACAAUCAUGUCUUCAACAAAGGCAGGACCUCUUUUGGGGUUACCGGCAACAAGUCCUGGGGCGCCCUUGGCAAAUCGCAUGGCGUCGGAGUCAACUUCGUACACAAAUUCGGCUGAAGGCAUUGUGACCACCACUGCCGGACCUGAGGAUAUCGGACAAUUUGUUUUAAUUUCUCACUUUGCUUACUACUCCGUGUAUACCUUUGUCAUUCCUGUUUUGGCAGAGAAAAUAAGCAAGAUUUUUUUUCUAUUCUGAAUCUAUUAUCUUGAUUUUACUUUCUCAGUACAUAGAAUAAAAGACUUAAGCCUCUAUGUAAAGGAGUGGCAGUAGAGGUUAUCCAUGCUCACCUUCACGCCAGGUGAGGGCGCCGGAAAACCUGCACCUGUCCUGCUCAUCGUCACGGGCGUGAGGGGAGAUACUUGCUCAUCUGAGAUUUCACACGAAUGUCAACAAUGAUUCAACAUCAUUCUGCUUUACACAAAAUAGUUAAAAAAAAAUUAUGUGUAUCCAAUAAAUGUGCUCUGAAUUUAA